AUGGCGACGGGACCACUGCGUUUCCGGACACCACACAUCGAAGAGCUGCCGAUCACUCAAUCAAGACAGGCUCCCGGCUUUGCGUGGGUAGCUGUUGCCGCUCCACCAGAAGACCCCGCGAAGAACUGGGGUACAGCAAACCGCAAACGAGCUCGAGCGAACGUUGGUGGCCAGACGGAAACGCAGAAAGAAGCUCUCAGCGCUCGUCAGCAACGAGAGGUCGAGCGCAAAAUCAAAGAACUCAACAGCGACAACUCCAAGGAUGUGCAGAUACCGAUCCCAAAGAAGGAAGGAGGUGGAGGUGGGGCUGCGAGAGCAGGCAAGACUACGAACACGAAGAAGAUCCUAGCUUCUGGCAAGACAUUCGCGCAUUACCUGGAUGACGAGGAAGCGGAGAUUGCGAGGACGGGAAGGAGAGACGGCGAGGCUGAGGUCGUCCCUGUAGCUAUCCAACAGCAACGAGCCAGCAAGACGCCGUAUGCUCGCCGCAAAGCGCGAGAGGAAAGCAGUAUGAGCGCCAGCCCUGUACCUACAACGGGAGGCUCAGCACCCAUGCGAGCCGGCGACCCCAUGGAAAUAGAUGCCGGCGAGGAUGGAGAUGCUGAUGCCUCCAUGCCAUCAGCAGCAGAGAUUGAAACCCUUCUCAACUUGCCGCCUCUGACCUACAACCAAGCACGUUCAGCACCGCCUCCGUCGAACGCACCGCCGCCUCGUAGGUUCUGCGAGGUGUGCGGUUACUUUGGCCGAGCCAAGUGCAUGAAGUGCGGAGCCAUGACUUGCAGCGUCAUGUGUAAGGAUACGCAUGACGAGCAGAGGUGUCUCAAGUUCUACGCAUGA